AUGUUACCUAAAUUUAAACUACCCGUUGUGGACCGAGUAGUCGGCCAGACGGACAGUGUACAACAGUUGCCACGAAGAGUACCAUCAUUUACAAAGCAGCCAGUGAGAUAUUACCUUAAUGAUGCAACACCACAUAGAUUUAUUGAUGAUUUGAUGGCAGCUGGCAUUGAUCCAACUUUAAGAACGUUUGAAUUUGAUAAUCUUUUACAUUCUGAUCAGCCAAAAACACCAGCAAAAUUACCAACAUUUCCAUCGCCAGACUUAGUAUCACAACAACAAUUAGAGCCAGCUCAACAUACGGACAAUAGUUCCAUACUGGCACCAUCAGAUCCUCAUACAAUUUCAGUUUUAGAAAAUUCAAUUGCUUCAGAAACAUCUCAAUCAACAGCAAUAAGUGCACUUUUAUUAUUAUGUUCAAAUGACACGGAAGUGCCGCUUGUGGACCGUGUAGGCGGCCACACGGUUUUUUCAUCAGCAACAGCAACCAUACAAGAACAUCAAACAGAAGUUUUACCGUCUCCUUCUGAUCAACCGAUAACAAGAAAAUCUCGUACAUCAGCCCAUUCUCGUGCCAUACAUAAUCAGAAAUCUUCCAAGAAAUUUCAUAAAAAAGAUUAUGAUAUCGAGAUCAUUCGUCCAAUCUACUUCCAAUUUGAUAUUCAUCAGGCGAAGAAUAUCCUCAGAGGACUGGGAUUGAGAUUUAGGAAGGUCAUGAUAGUCAAUCGUCAAUUUCUUCGAAUCGGAUUGUGGGCAGAAGCACAACGAAAUGAAUUUGAAUUACGAUUGCACCACAACUUAUUUACAUUGGGCUAUCACAUUCGAUUAUAUGGUCGACCAGCAAUUCAACGUCAUUCACCAUCUAGACAACAUCAAUGA